AUGGCCGCCCCAAAUCCACCCUCCCCCGAGCGUGCCUUUGGCGUCACAAACAUCAAAAAUCACAUCCCUCUCAUUAUCGACUUUGAAGAACACAACUAUGACGCUUGGUGUGAGUUGUUCCUCACUCACUGUCUCGCGUUUGAUGUACUCGGUCAUAUCGACGGCACCUCUCUCCCUGCCAACGAUGAUGACACACCAUGGAAGAAGAAAGACGGCUUGGUCAAACUCUGGCUCUACGAAACCUUGACCCAACCAUUGUUUCGAAGUACGUUCCAAACUAGAGGCUCGGCUCGCGACAUUUGGCUACGUAUUGAGAACCAAUUCAGGAACAACAAAGAAGUCCGCGCAAUCCAGCUUGAUCAUGACUUACGAACCACGGAGAUUGGAGAUCGCACAGUGCAAGAGUACUGCCAGACCCUGAAAUCUACCUCAGAUCUAUUGGCCAAUCUCGACGCUCCAGUCUCAGACCGUAUCCUCGUCAUGUAUCUCAUCAAUGGUUUGAACGAGAAGUUUGACAACAUCAUCAAUGUCAUCAAACACAAGGAACCCUUUCCAACGUUUGACUCCGCAAAAACAAUGCUUCUCAAUGAAGAGACACGACUUAAGAAGGAAAAAAAAACUCCAGUGACAUCAGACAAUGCGUCUUCUCCGACAGUUCUCGUAGCCACCACUGACAAACCGCAGACACAACGCUUCAACAAUGGAAACAGAAAGCAAAACAACAGAGGUCGUGGUCGUGGACGUAACAAUCAUCAAAGGAACAACAACUUGAACAACAACUGGAACUCGCCGUGGCCAUUACCUUACAUGUCAGGACCAAUGAUGCAGUGGCCCAACUACACAACGCCCUGGAUACAGCAACAUUCUAGAGGCAUUCUCGGCUCAGCUCCACAAUGUCCUCCUCAGGCUCUCCUCACUGACGCUCAAUACCAGCCUACCACAGACUUUGCCCACGCCUUCAAUACCAUGACAUUGGCUGAUCCUGGUGCAGCAAACUGGUACAUGGAUUCAGGAGCUACAAACCACUUAGCUUCGACGUAA